UGAAGAUACUGUACCAGUGACACCAUCAUCAUCAGUUUCUGCUGUUAAUACUGGCACUAUGCCCAUUUCUUGUGCUAAAGAAGGUAACACUCCUAGUGCUAUUUUGAGGAUGAAUUAUGCUACUCUUGUGGAUGCUAUUACUUCUUGUCUUUACAGAGUAACACAUGAACUAUAUGCUAAAGAAUUGAUACCAAUGGAAACUGUUAAUCAUAUUCAAACAGCAAAAGGAAUAUCUGAUUUACUUAAAACUGGUCAAUUAGUGUCUGUAAUACAAAGGCAAUUGGAAUGUUCUUGUGAUCCUCGUCAAUAUCUUAUUGAUACUUGUCAUGUACUAAUGAAUCAGCGUCACAAAUCACUGGUAGAUAUUACUACUUCUAUAUUCCUCAAGUUAAAAGUACAUGUACAUGUAGGUCAAUCUGAAACAGUUGUACCUUUUUGUUCUAUACCUGAUGAUGUUCGACUGUAUGCUGACAUUAUGAGAAAUCAAUACAAAGGUCAACCUAUUGUUGCUACAGACUGGCCACCCAGAGUUGGAAAAGAUUUCUUUGGAAGAGUUGCAUUAAUUGAAAAGGAAGAUGAUUUGACAGAAAAGGAAUCUGCAUGGCAUCUUUUAAGAGGAAAAGUUGACAAAAUAAUGAAACUUUCUGGAAACAAAGAGGUUGAUGUUAAUGAUAUUCUUCGGCCCACAACUAGCCUGAUGUCUCUUAGGAUAUUGAUUGACGGUCCCCCUGGUAUUGGCAAGACAACACUCUGUCGUAAAUUGUUACAUAUGUGGUCAAAUGAAGAAUUUGUAUAUCAACAAUACGACUUGGUACUUUACUGUCCUUUAAGGAAUGCUAAAAUGUCAGCAGCUGCUACAUUAGCUGACCUGUUUUUGUAUAAAAGUCCUAAAGUUUCAAAUGUGGUAGAGUGGAUAUCUGAUAAAGAGGGCGAAGGACUUUUAAUAAUCUUUGAUGGUUGGGAUGAACUAAGGGAACAACUUCGACACUCUUCAUUAGCUGCUAGCAUCAUUCGUAGAGAGCAAUUGGACCGAUGUUCAGUAAUUGUUACCUCUCGUAGCUAUGCCUCGUCUUCACUUUUCAAUAUGCAUUCUCUUAGUAGACAUGUUCAAGUCAUUGGAUUUUUGGAGGGUGACAUUUCAACUGUAAUAAUACAGACACUUCAAAAAGAUGCAAAACUAGCACAGGAGCUUAUUGACGAAAAUUCAGUUGUAAACAACAAUACCAGGCAUUACAAGCCAGAUGUUUCAACUACACAUAGCAAUAAGGACUCACAACAAGCUAUUAAGCUCAUUCAAGAUCUGAAAAUACGAGGUGAUGUCAGAUCAUUGUGUUAUGUACCACUUAUCUGUUCUAUGGUUAUCCUCGUGUAUCGUAAAGAAGAGGGACACUUGCCUACAACACUUACUCAAUUAUAUGAGUGCUUUCUCCUACAAACUAUUAGGCGACAUGUAAAUAAGCGGGAAAUUGAUCCAUAUACUUUAUGUAGCCUUUCUUCAUUACCAUCACAAUUGAUGAAAGCUUUACAGGAAUUGAGUCAAGUAGCAUAUAUAGGCCUUGCUAAAACAACAAUGACCUUCUCUUUACAAGAUUUACAAGAACAUUCACUGAUGAGUGAAGCUACCAAAGAAGACUAUCUUGGAUUAAUGACAACUUUCUUAGAAUAUGAUGAAAAGAAGUAUCAGUUCCUUCACUUAAGUAUACAGGAAUUUCUAGCUGCAUGGUGGAUAGCUAAACACAAGAAGGAGACAGAGGAUGUGUUUAAGGAUCACUUUGAUGAUGAUCACUUUCGAAUGUGUCUAAGGUUUGUGGCUGGCCUAACACACCUUGAACAUGAAAGGUAUCAGCAGUUUUUUGACAAAAAAGUUUCCUUAGUAUGUAAUAGAGAUGCAUUGUUUGGUUUUGAGUUUCAAAAUCGUUCUACUUUUUAUAAAAAUCCUGAGAUCAACAUUUCUGUAUUUGAUGAAUACAUACCUUCUGAUGGUUUUAACAUUUCUUUCAUUCUCCUUCUUCAAUUUCUGUUUGAAUCACGUAACGCAAGUUUGUGCCACAGAUUAACUCUUUCUAUUGAUAAGCAGUCACUGUGUCACUGUAGAAAUAAACUAUCAAUGUUUGAUUGGUUGUGCCUUGGCUACUUUGUAAGCCAUUCUGGUGCAACAUGGAAUUGUUUGCAUCUGGAGGAUUCAUAUCAUCAGCCUUCACUACAUAUAUUUGUUAAUGCUUUAUCCGAUAUGCCAUUAGAAACUCAAUGUAAAAAGUUUGAACUUAAGUUUCAUAGGCCUACAACUGAAUUGUUGCAAAAGUUAUUUCGAUCAUCACUUUUAUACAAUAUGCAGGAGUGCUAUUGUUUUUUGGAUAGUGGCCAUUAUGUACCAUCUCUUUUACUGCUACAAUUUCUCCAUCUUCCUCAGUUAAAAAUAUUGCAUGUUACGAUGUAUCUUCCUAAAGUACCACAUAAUGUGAGGGAGUACACUGAAAAAUGCAAUGAACUAGAGGAAUGCAUAAAAAUGAAUGUCACACUGAAAGAGAUAAAAAUUGAUUUAAGAGGUAACCACAGUCAGAGAAAUUGUACCAUGGCUAGUAUUAUUAGAGGAGCAUCAGACAACAGAUCAAUAAAAUCAUUGUCACUAUCACUUGAUUUGGGAUCAUCUGCAUCAGGGGACAAUUUUCCUUUUCUUCCUUUGCCUGAUGGAGUAAUAGAGCAAUUACUGAAGAACAACAACACAAUACAAGCUCUUUCACUGAACAUACCCGACACACUUGAGCCAUUAUCGCUAGACAUAUUAGAAGUGAACAUGCCUCUUACUGCUUUAGAAAUUGGAGAAUUCUUCAUUUUUCAAAAAUGUAAACUAUUGUCCAUCCUUCGAAGAAUUAAUGGCUUACAUUGUCUGAUACUAAAUAGACUGAAUUUUUCAAGUAGAUUAAUAUUUCACUCUCACCCUAGUCUUCAGACACUUUGUUUAGCAGUUGAUACAGCUAAAAAGGCUAUUGAACUUUUCACCAUUUUACGAACCAACAUAACUUUGAAAGCUUUGAGUGUGACUGUGAAGGAGAAAACUAUUGAGGUAGGAAAUAGUUUAUGUUAUAUGCUAACAAAAAAUGUAACGUUGCAAUACUUUCAAAUAAAUGGCUCCAUUUUGUGUGAAUUCUUACCCUUUUUGUCUGAUGGUAUCAGACAUAACACCACUCUUCAACACUUUAGUGUCGGCUACAUUGAAUUGUCUGUUAACAAACAGCUAAAGAAUCUUUUUGCUGUCAUCUCACAAAAAGACAAUCUAAAAGAACUUCAAUUACAGUUCAAAUUAAGUAUGUCAAGCAAUCGAUUGAGUCAAGCUGCUCAAGAAGAAAAGAAAACAAAAAUGACAGCACUAUUUUUUGAACACCUACUUCCUGAUGUUACAAACAUGCUUCAGUCACAUAAAACAAUCAAGCUAUUGGAUAUAAAUUGUUCGUCUCUUAAUAAUUCAUUCCAGCCUUCAUGGAGUCAAGCAGCACACUGUUUCUAUGAUUCAAUAUUUAAUCAUCCAUCACUUGAAUAUAUUAAAGUGGGAUUCCCUGCUCCUUCUUAUCUUAAAGAAAUUCUUGAAGAUCAGUUGAUUAUACUGAAUGAAAGACACAAGAAGGAACAACCAUUAAAAACAGUUCCUAUGAUAAAUUUAAACUAACUGGUACAUGUACAUGUAUGCCACUGUAUGUAUACAUGUAGUUACAUGCAUUUUAUUUAGGAUUUGGUACAUGCAUUAAUGUUUUUAAAAAACUUUGAGUGUGGCUGCAAGAAGUAAGCAUGGAAAUUAAUGAUUGAAAAGUA